AUGAACUUGACGACGGGGGAAAUCUCGCUGCUAUACAAUGGAUCAGACAUAUCGGAAAUUGUUUUUGUUGGACCAACCAAUACAAGCAUUCUCUACAUCAACGGCACCAAUGAAGAGGAUGAUGGUGGCAUUAGCAUAUACGGCGGGGACAUUACCGCCCUGGACGAUGCCUAUCUCAUCACUUCCCUACCUGCCCCAUACUCUGGCCUGAAAGCCGUCGUCACUCCUUCAGGGGACAUUAAUUUCCUCCUCAAUAGCCUGGCUUGGCCGAACGGAACAGCGUACAAUGAAGCUGUGGUGGAGGAGCCCUUGAGCACGGCGCGUAUAUAUGACAGUAUCUACGUCCGACAUUGGGAUACAUGGCUUACCGAGCGAAAGUAUGCGGUCUUCGCCGGCACGUUGACUGGAGGGUACCAAUAUUCUUUCUCCGGAAACCUGACAAACCUGGUCUCCGGCAUUUCCAAUGUCACCCGCGCUGAGAGCCCUGUGCAGCCUUUCGGCGACUCCGGAGACUACGACAUUUCUCCUGAUGGCAGCACAGUGGCCUUCUUGACCAAGAACGUUGACCUUCCUCUGGCCAAUUUUACAUCCUCCCAGAUCUAUCUCGUCCCCCACAAUGGUUCAUCAGGAGCCAUUCCCAUCAACGGGUUCUCAGGCGCUUCCACUCCUCCCAACGCUCGUGGUGCUUCAGCACAACCCCAUUUUUCUCCCGAUGGCUCGAAGAUUGCCUACUUCCAGAUGGACGGUAUUUCAUACGAAUCAGACAAAAACAAGAUCUAUGUGGCCGACGUCGACUAUGAGAACUUCAACAUCACCGUGCUGGCAGAGGACUGGGAUAGCACUCCUGAUCAAAUGGCAUGGUCUGGGGAUGCCAGUUCGCUCUUUGUCGCGGCGCCCGAUCUUGGGAACGAGCGCAUUUUUGAGAUCCCAUUGUCGGCGCCCGCCGACUUCGAACCGACAAAUAUCACGGAUGCAGGCGUUGUUGCGUCAUACUAUGUCUUGCCUGACGGGAAUCUCCUGGUAUCCGACUCCAAGAUCUGGACCUCCCGCGAUUUCUACAUUAUUUCGCCCGAGGGGGCUCUCGUCACCGACCUUUUCCGUGCCAACUUGGUUGAUCCCGAGCUUGCCGGUCUAGGCCCAGAAGAUGUGUCUGAAUUCUACACUCAAGGGAACUUUACCCAGGUCCAGAGCUGGUUGAUCUUUCCAGAAGGAUUUGACGCAAACAAAACGUACCCCUUAGCAUUCAUCGUGCACGGUGGUCCGCAAGGGGGCCAUUACAAUUCCUGGAGCACCCGAUGGAACUUCAAGGUGUGGGCGGAUCAAGGCUAUGUGGUGGUCGCACCGAACCCAACAGGCUCCACGGGAUGGGGUAUGGCGUUCCAAGACGCAAUCCAGAACAACUGGGGAAGUUACCCGUAUGAAGAUUUGGUUGCCGUCUGGAAUUACGUUGACAGCAAUCUGGAUUAUAUCGACACCCAGAACGGCAUCGAGGCUGGCGCCUCGUAUGGCGGAUACAUGACCAACUGGAUCCAAGGCCAUGACCUUGGGAGAAAGUUCAAGGCUCUUGUUACUCAUGACGGUGUCACGAACAUGGUUGGACAAUAUGCGACGGAGGAACUAUGGUUCACCCAACACGAUAUGAACGGAACUCUGUGGGACAAUCGAGACCACUUUGAGCGCUGGAACCCGAUCAAUCACAUUCACAACUGGGCGACACCGCAUUUCGUGGUACACAAUGAUCUCGACUUCAGGCUGCCGGUGUCGGAGGGACUGAUGCUGUUCAAUAUCUUGCAAGAGAGAGGUGUUCCGAGUAAAUUCCUGAAUUUUGCUGAUGAGAACCACUGGGUCCUCAACAGGGAGAAUAGUAUCGUCUGGCACCGGGAGAUCUUCGACUGGAUCAACCACUAUUCGGGGAUCAGUGGAUGA